AUGACUCAAGCUUCCAUUGCAAUACAACAUGUUGCUGUUCUCACGUUAUACAAGUUCCAAAGGGGGCGUCGUGUGUCGUGUGUGUUCUUUUCAUGGUUGUCAUCAAGGAGACAUUGUUACUUUGGCUUGAAUACGCUGGAUGAUGGUACCUGUGACAGCAACAACAAGACAUUGAUAUCAAAGCAAGAACGCUGUACGUUGACUCAAUGGUAUGCAUGGUCAGCACAUACUGGAUCGGAUGGAUACAAGGUUAUUUGCAAGCAUCAAUGGAAUGGUAUUGGGAAUACCACAAGGUAA